AUGCUCGAGAGUCUUAACACGUCUGCCGGCGGUCUCAAAGUGUCGACAAACAACGACGGUCGGGCCCAUCUACAGAACAGAAAAACUUCGGCGCUUGCCAGCGAAGGCUACCUCAACAGACUACCACUUGAAGUCCUGGUCUCCAUCUUUGUACUGGUGCCCGAACCAGAUGAGCGAGGUGUUCAACACUUUCCCGAUGACUUGCCCAAGGUGCUCAAACUGCGGUCUGUGUGCAAACUAUGGCACUAUCUGUGUCAGACCACGCCCUCACUAUGGAUCUCCAUAAUUGAGCGGAACUUUGUGCACAGGGAUUGGCUAAAGCUUGCGCUCGACCAUACCCGAAACCAGACGCUGGACCUGAGAAGGCUCGAGGAAACUAGCACACUGGCUCUAGCUAGUCCAGAGGCGUGGAAACGCACAUUCCCGCUCAUGAACGAGGGGGUGCUACGGAAGGGUCGCGCACGUGAGGUCACUGUCGCUGACUUGGGGAUGUUGCCUCUGGGUGUGGCCAAAUGCAACUGGACCUCCGUCAUCAGGUCAAUGCUGGCAACCGAACUAGAAGUGUUUGGUCUAACGCUUUUUUCGCCCAAUGACGGGGGGGUCAACGCUCUUUUCGACGAUGAUGCGUUUUCGGGGGAGAUACCGCGCAAACUGAAGUCCUUCAGUAUUGAAGGCGCCGGCAUCGAUCUUGGGUCUCAGGUGCUACGGUGGCCCUGUCUGAAACACCUCAGCCUCAAGUGGUGCUAUGUUGAAGGCACAAUAUGGGGGCUCUUUAAGCUCAUUGGCCAAAUCACGUGCCUAUCAGAGUUGGAAUUGGCAGCGGAUGGGCAUGAUGAGCGCAGCUUCAUAGGCAACGAUCAUCAUGGGUCUGCUAUUGUGCCAGUGAGCCUGCUGAAGUUGCAGAAACUUAGCCUCACCAUGCCGCUUAGCUAUAUCGAGGCCGCAUACGACAUCGUCAACAUUUCCAACCAAUGCCGCGUUUUGGACACAAUCUUCCUACCGGAAGGGAUGUCCGUUUCCACCGUGACUGCAGCGCUGGACCGCAUGUAUGCGGGUCGCUUGCUCGCCGGCGCGUCUUCGGUCUCUGACGGCGAGGGCAAUGAGAGAAUGUCCCUCUCGUUUGAUGAGCACGUCGCAUCCUGCCUUUCAAUGCAAUUAUCCAUCGAGUCUUUGACGACACAAAGGAGGCGAUUCUCGUUAUCGCUUGUACCUGGACGAUCCGAGCAAGAAACGUCAAACCUGAAGGCUAUAUUCCAUCAUAUCGCCAGACAGUGGCCGCCUUUCCAGCAUGCAGUCGUUUUGAGCGGCGAGUCGCUUCCAGACGGAAUCUGGGAAGACACGCUGGCGCUUCUGCCUUUCGUCAGAGCCAUAGAGGUUUCGCGUUCGUUGUCCGAUUUGGCAGACGCGCUGUUACGCGUCAGUGCUAAGGAUUAUCCGAGACAUCUGGAAGGCAUCUUCGUCCAUGGAAUUGAGCGCACAAAAUCGCUGUUCGACCAACUACUGCGUGGAUUGGACCGCACCUCGGUCCCCAGAGAUCUCGAGGGCCAAUAUGUCAUCGCGUGCGAUUGGAGCGUCUCUCUUGAGGAUCUGUAUCAAGGAAGCCCGUAA